CUGCGAAAACAGAUUCAAGGGCGGGCAAAACCAAAUUAUUUGGCGAGAAUGUUAAUAUUUUCCGCCACAAAUCCCUUAUAUUAGGUUUUGAGACUCACAGCGGCUGCUGCCUUUCACUUAUUCUGUGAAUCUCCUUCGUCCCUUCUUCUCUGAAUCAGGUAAGUCUUUGCUCGUUCACCACUCCAUAGUUUUCAGUUUCUUUGCUUGUUCUCUGCAUCUCUAAUUCAUGGGCUGUUCUCCAUUUUUUCUUCUUCCGCACAUCUACCCCGCCAAUGAUUGCGCCGGAUGAUGGAUUAUUGUGCGUGAUAAAAUCUGGAUCUUCUACUCACAGAUAGUGACUCCGCCGCGAAGCCUCCUUCACCUGGUAUGAUUGUUUCUCCCUCUAUCUGUACGUAUUUUGUUUUCUUGGUAGUUGGUAUGCUCUCUUGUGAUGGAAGAUGUCAUGUUUUAGUGUUAUCCCCUGUUUUUAAUUGGCGUUCCCCUAUUUCAAUUGGCUUUCCCCUGUUUGUGUUGUGAGCUGGUGGAGCUAGCGUUUUCGUGAGCUGGUGGAGCUAGCGUUUUGGAAGAACCAGGUGGUGAUCGUUUAAAUAUGUCUGUGGAAUUAAAGGGAUUUAAAUUUGGUUUGAUUAUUUCACUCUAGUAACAAGUUACAUCAUGCUUUGGGUUUAGUGCAUUGUGAUUCAAAUUGGUUUGGUAAAUUCCAAUCCAUUAACAAGGCCCACAUCAUGGUUUAAAGAAAUUUCUGGAAUUAUAAGAAUAUAAGGGCAUUCAACUUCCCUGUUAAUUAAGCAACCAACGAGGCUUGUAAAAUGUUUAACUGCUAAAUCAUGUAUGUGGUGCUACUUAAUCCCAUAUACAUCUACUUGUGUUCUGUUCGUAGUAUAUAAUUCUAAGCAUGGGACUUUAUUCAUUUUUUAUAGGGAUGGCUGGUGCAAUGAGAAAAAGGGCCAAACUCAGACCAAGUCGUGCAAUUCUGUAUGCAGACACAGAAAUUGAUAACAUAUCACAUGUAUCAGCAACCGAAGAUGAUUCCAGAAUCGGACAAUCAAAUAAACGCGCAUCUAACGGUGAUGAACUCAACUCUUUGGAUGUGGAAGGCGGUAGCAGGUCCUCUUCCCAAACCCAACCUCAAAAAAACGUCAACGCAUCAAGAGCUAAUGAGACUAAUUCAUCUCAAGGAACUGGAACUUCUAAGGGCCGUGUACGUAGUAACAGAGGAAAAUAUAAAGGCCUUAACAUGGCGAAGAAAAGUAAGUCAAUCAAUGAAAAAUUGUUGGUAUAUUUUCCUCCGGGCGAAGAAAAUUAUGAACCAGUGGGUCCCAAUGGAAGGCGUUUGAGCAUGUGGCUAGGGUAUUGUGUCCGCUCUGUAACUGAGGCACCUCUGUAUGGAUGGAAGUCUACUAUAGUACCUCAAUAUAAUACUCAACUGUGGAACAUGGUCAUCGAUUACUUUGACGUGAGUCCCGACAGCCCUCCAAAGCUGAAAAAACUAGAGGAAUUGCAUAAUACUCCUUCUUCGGAAACAUUUGAAGUGAAGCAAUUCAAGUUCAGGACACAUUGCUUCCAUGUGAUGAAAGAGAGCUAUAGAAAGUGGAAAUCAAGACUUCGUAUAGAGUACAAGAAGUUUGAUACGGAUGAAGAACGAAUGCAAAAUAUCACUGAAGGUUUAACAACUAAAAAUUGGGAGAAAAUGCUACAAGUCUUUGCAUCAAAGGAAUUUGUGGAAUUGAGUGACAGGAAUUCAAAGAAUCGAGCAAAUCAAACACUUGUUGCAUGUACCGGACCAGUUACGUUUGCACAAGUGAACUAUGAUAUGAUUGAUGAGGAAACUGGUGAAGAACCAUUAGCUUCUGAGGCUUGGAUGGCUCAACAUGCAACUAUGAAUGACAAUAACGAGCCUCAAUGGGUCAAUAAUGAAUCAUUCCUAGCUUAUCAACAAAUAAGAAGAGUUGAAGAAGAAGUUGUACCAGUCAAUCCAAAUGUUAAUGUGUUGAAAGAGGCUUUCAAGACUCGCUCUGGUCGUAUUCCUGGUACAGGAACUGGCUGCAAGUCAAAGAGACAAGCAUCAAUCAAUACACAAGCUGGAAAAGUGGUCGAGCUCGAGGCACAAUUGGCCGCGGUGACAACAAGAUUAGAAGAACAUGCUCAACGAAAUCAAGAGCUGACAACAAGAUUAGAAGAUCAAGGAAGGCAUAAUCUAUUGUUGAACCAGAGAUUUGAGAAACUAAUGGAAAUGGUAGAAAGUCAACAACAUAUGCCAUCAUCAUCAGAAGAUACUCAAUCUGAAGACACUCUAAGUUGGGAAGAGAGGGUUGAAGAAGAGUUUGAAAGGGAGCAACGUUAUUUGAAGGUGAUGAAUCUGAAUCGAAAGAGGAUUUCACCAACAAAAAAGUCUUCCGCUCCAAAGAAGAAGAAGUGAUUUUUGGCUUGUGCAAGGUUUGUGUCAAUCUUUAUUUCUCGUCUCUUAGUAGACUAUUAUGUUGUUGGCUAUAUCUCUAAUUAAAAUUUUGAAUAUAUGAUUUCAUUUUUUUGUAGGAAGAUGGGAGUGGGACAAGAAGCAUCUUUAUGGAUCAAAUUUGAGCUAUGAUGAUUCAAGAGAAACAAAUUUUUAUUCAUCAAUAUUGUUGGCCCUAUGAAUUUCAACGUAGUUAUUUUUAUAUGAGUUUGAAUAAUUAUGAUACAUUAAG